AUGGAUUUGGCAUACCAACAGGAAGCGGAAGAAGAUUGUUUAAUUAGCUUAGAUUAUAUAUUAGAUAAAUAUGACUUAUAUCGAGAUAAUAUUAUAAACAAUGGUGAGUUAAGAAAACUACUUGAUAAAUUUAUUUUUCAAUACAACAGUAUUGAUGAGUGUGAGAAAAAGUUGUUAGAACUUUUGAGUAAUAAUGAAAAAUAUGGUAUGGAUAAAAUAGAGAAAUAUUAUUUAUUUAUUACAAAUAUAAUUAAAGAAAUAUGUCACAUUGAAUUAAUACCUAUAAUAUAUAAUAAAAUAUUACAAGAGAAAGAUAAGAAAGAUAAUACUUUUAUUGUGAAUCGACAAGAAUUUUUAAAAAAUGAAAAUAAGAAAGAAUCUGAAGAAGAUUAUAAAAUAAUAUCAGGAUCUAUAUAUAAAAAAUAUAUAUUAGUAUUAAUUAAAAUAUUAUAUCAUUCAUAUAAAUUAUCUUAUAAUUAUCAAAAGAAUUUAAUAACAUCUAUAUCAUAUAUAUGUAUAUUAAUGUCUAAAUAUGAUACAAUUAAUUUACCUCAUGAAUCCAUACCUGAAUUAAUAUAUAGAAUUUUUUGGAAAUAUUUUUCUCAAAAUUUUAAUAUAAUAAAUGAAACAUUUUUUACUCAACAUAAUGAUGAAAUUGUUUUAUCCUCGUCUUGUUCUUCUUCCAUGUCUAUCUUAUCAGAUGAUUCUUCAGAUUUAUCCUCAGGAUUUUUAUCCUCAAGUGAAAAUCAUUUUCGAAAAAAUGAUUUAAAAGCUAUAGCACAAAGGAUGGGAAUUUCUUUAGAUUCUGAAAAGGAUGUUAGUAAUGAAAUGAGUUGUGGGGGUACACCCAAAGAACCUGGUGAAAAAAAAGUUAGAAGAAGACGAAGGAGAACUAAAAAGAAUGCUACAGGAGAUACUAAUAUAACAGGUGAUGAUAACAAAGAAGAUAUAAAUAAUAAGGAGGAAGGAGUUGAACCGGGUGCUGCACAAUUAAUGAAAAAUGAAAAUGGAAUGCUAGACCAAGGGACUGUUGUAAAAAAAAGAGGUAAGAGAAGAAAAAGGACCAUACUCACAGAAGAGAAUAAUAAUAAUAAUGAUGAUAGUAAAAAUGUAAAUAUUAGUAAUAAUAAUGAUGAUAGUAAAAAUGUAAAUGUUAGUAAUAAUAAUGAUGAUAGUAAAAAUGUAAAUAUUAUCAACAAUAAUGAUGAUAGUAAAAAUGUAAAUGUUAGUAAUAAUAAUGAUGAUAGUAAAAAUGUAAAUGUUAGUAAUAAUAAUGAUGAUAGUAAAAAUAUAAAUAUUAUCAAUAAUAAUGAUGAUAAUCAAAAUAUAAAUGUUAUCAAUAAUAAUGAUGAUAAUAAAAAUAUAAAUGUUAGUAAUAAUAAUAAUGUAUAUUCGUCAAAUAUAAUUGAUGAUGAAAAGAAGAAAAAAGUAAAAAUUGAAUGUGAUAAUACGUACACACAGAAUAAGGAUCCUAGUGUUAACAAUAAUGUUAUACAUGCAAAGUCAAAUAUUAAUGAAGAGGAUAUAAAAAGAUAUAUACCCAUAAAAAAUGAAGCAGAGAAAGAUAAUAAGAUGAAUACGUCUGUUUUGUUAAAUACAGAGAAUAAGACAAAAGUUGAAGAAAACGUGGAUGCAUUAUGGAAUAAAUUAGAUAUAAAUGAUGAGAAUGUUUUUUUUGUAAAUAUUAUAUUAAAUAUAUAUAUUAAUUUAUUUAAUAUAAAGAAUAUGGAAGUAUUCUUAUUUUAUCAUGAAAAUGAAAUUACAUAUAAGAAAUUUCUAUUAGAUAAUAUUGAUGUUAUAGUAAAUCAAAUAAAAUCUAUGAUGAAUAAGGUAAAAAAUGAUAUGAGUGUAUGUAUAAUACAUUUUUUAAACUUGAUUCUUUUUAUUCUGACAUAUCUUAAUGAUUUAGCGAGAAAAAAUAAAAAGAAAGGUCAAAUGAAUCACAUAAAAAAUAAUCCAUACAAUGAUAUAAAAAGCAGUGAAUGUAUUAACUUAAAAAAUGGUGAUAAGAAUAAUAUAAUGAGGAAUUAUAAGACUAGUAUAAUAAGUAACAAUAAUAAUAAUAUUAUGAUAAAUAAUGAUAAUAUGGUAAAUAAGGAUAAUAUGGUAAAUAAGGAUAAUAUGGUAAAUAAGGAUAAUAUGGUAAAUAAGGAUAAUAUGUCAAGUAAUGAUAAUGUGAUAAAUAAUGAUAAUAUGGUAAAUAAUGAUAAUAUGGUAAAUAAUAAUAAUAUAAUAUGUAAUAAUAAUAAUAAUUAUAAUAAUAAUAAUAAUAAUAAUAAUAAUAAUAAUGUUAGAAAAAGUGUUUCUGGGAAAACAAAAAAAGAUGCUUUAAUAAUUGAAAAACCCGAUUGCUUAUUAAGAGAUACACAAAAAAGUGGAAGUAUUGGAAGAUAUAUUUCUAAUUCUAGCAGCGAGAUUUUAAAGAAAAAUAUAUCUUCUGGAAUAAUUCAUAAGGAUUUAUCAAAUGUUAGUAGAAAAAAGGAGAAUGUUACAAAUAGUUAUAAUUCAAGUGUUGAAAGUAAAUUAAAUAAGAAUUUUUCCUAUAGUAAUGAUACAGUAUCUGUUAAUAGUAGUAUAUUUAAUAAUAAUAUAAUAAAUAAUAAAACAUUUAAGAAGAAAGGUAUAUUAUCGAACCAUAGUAAUAGUAGUUAUAUGAACAAUAGUGAUAUAAACAGUAUAUCAUACAAUAAAAAUAAUAUACCAUCAUUUGAUAAUAAUAAUAAUAAUAAUAAUAAUAAUAUUUAUAAUGUAAAUUAUGAAUAUUGUAGUAAUGUUGAUUUGUGUUCUAAUAGUUUUAAUGAUAAUAGUAAUAAUAAUAUUAUGGGUGAAAGUAAUUAUAAUAGGAUAAACCAUGAAGGUACAUUUCAUAAUAUAGAUAAUAACAAUAUUACAACUAAUAUUUGUAAUAUUCAUAAUAAUAGUGAUGAUAAUUUUAUACAUAAUUAUAAUAAUAUUAUGACAAAAGGAUCCGCUGAUAUAGAUAAUAAAAUAUAUAACUCAAAAAAUAAUAUGAAUAAUAAUAUUAAUAAUAAUAUGAAUAAUAAUAUAAAUAAUAAUUAUGUUAAUAACAAUGUUGGUGGUUUUAACAAUUAUAAUAAUUUACCUUAUAAUGAUGUAUCAAAUAAUUCAAGCUUAGGUAAUAAAUAUAAUAGUGAUGAGGAUGACUUAUAUGUUUUAUAUGAUGAAAAUAAUUUUAUUAAUAAUUUUGAUUAUGUUAAAAAUAUAAUUGAGAAAAAGAGAAAAGGGCUUUAUUAUGUAAUAGUUGACACUAUUAAUAAUUUAUAUAAUACAACAUUUUUAGAAAUAUUAGAUAAUUUAUUAAAAUGUGUUGAAAAUUCUUUUAAUGAUGAAAAUGUUGUCAUAGUAAAUAAAAUAUUUUCUUAUAUGUUAGAAAGUAUAAAUUAUUGUAACGAAAUAAAUAAAUACAAAAUAUAUAUGUUCAUAUUAAGUAAAAUAGAUAGAUUUAUUAAAAUUAAACGUUAUAAUGAAGAUAAUAAUUCUACAUUAAAUAAUUAUAAUUGUUAUUUUUUAUUACAUCUCAUACUUAAUAUAUUUAAAACAUCUAAGAAAGAACGAAAUAUUUGGACCUUAUUAUUUGAAGUGCAUUUAAGUAAAACCAAGAGAAAGCGAUCCACAAAGAGAAAUAAUUCAAGUUUUAAUAUGAUAAAAGUAAAUGUAAGUAAUAAUAGUAAUAAUAUAAUGAUAAACAAAAGUAUUAGUAAUAAUAAUAAUAAUAAUAAUAUUGUUCUAACUAGUAAUGAUGUUGACAAAAAAAGUAAUAAUAUAUCUUAUAAUAAUAAUAUGUAUUUAUCCUCAUUUUUAAAAAAUAAUAAAAAAUUGAAAAUUAUAAAAAGUGAAGAUAUAACUACCUGUAAUAAAAAAAAAGUACAAGAAAUAGAUACCAAUUUAUAUGAUGGAAAAAAUUUUAUAUUAAAUAAUAUCAUAAAUUUUUUAUUAGAAUGUUGUAUAAGUAAUGGUUGUAUUAUUAGAUAUAUGAGUUUACGAGUUUUUUAUAAGAUGACCAAGUUAUUUAUUUUAUAUAUAAAAAAUAGGAAAUUAGAAUAUGAAGAAUUAAUAUUAAAAAAUUAUUUAAUAAAAUCUGUUUAUCAGAAUUUUUUUGUCUGUAUAUUUAACUUUUUAAAAGAGCCCGAUACUAAUAUAUAUGUAUAUGUUAAAUUACGAAAUUUAUGUAUCAAUUUGUUAUAUAUAUGUAGCAAAUUAAUGUCAUCAAGUUUUCUCAAUGAUUUUUAUGAAAGGGUUAUAUGUUCUAAUUUACAUUCGGUUAAAAGGUUUUACAAAACGGUAGAAGAAAACACAGCCAAUGGUAAUAACAAUAAUAAUGAUAAUAAUAAUAAUGAUAAUAAUAAUAAUGAUAAUAAUAAUAAUGAUAAUAAUAAUAAUGAUAAUAAUAAUAAUAAUAAUAAUAAUAAUAAUAAUAAUAAUAAUAAUAAUAAUAAUAAUAACAACAAUGAUAAUAAUAAGAUCCUUUUGGAAAAGAAAACACAAAUACAGGAUCCAGGACAUCUAGAUAAAGAACAUAAUAAAAAUGUCGAUGAAAACGCUGCUUGUGAUAAUCAUAACCAUUUGAAAAGUGCAUAUUCCUUAUUCAUAAAAAAUUCUAGAGACCUGUAUUUAUUUACAUUAAUGGUAAUAUAUAAAAAAUAUCGUUGCAUCGAAAAUUUUAAAAUACUGAAAAAGAUUCUUAAAUUAUCAACCGAAGAGAUUAAUAUUAUAAUGAAAAAUUUAAUAAUUUCUGCGCAUCAUAAUAAUAGUAACAAUAAUAAUAAUAAUAAUAAUAAUAAUAAUAAUAAUAAUUGUAAUAAAGAUGGUUGUGUUGUUCGAACCCGACGAAAAGAAAUUAAUAAGGUUGACAAGUUAUAUAUAAAAAAUAUAAAUAUUGAUGAUUUUAUACCUAAAGAAUAUUACAUAAAAUUGCAAAAUAAAGGAGAUGAUAAAAAUAAAGAAAAAAAUGAUUUAAAAGAAAUAGUAUAUAAGAAAUUAUAUUUUAUAAAUAUCUUUUUUUUUAGAGAAUUAAAAACACAUGAUUGUUAUGAUAAUACAUUUGUAUAUUAUAUAUAUAACUGUAUUUAUUGUUUUUUCCAUAUAUAUAUAAAUAGAUUUGCAUUUUUUAUAAUAUUUAUAAAACAAGAACAUAUGAAUCUUCAUGAUUAUAUAUAUUCAGAUAUAUGUAAUAAAGAAGCACAAAUUGAUACACCAUCUGACGAUUUUAAAAAUGUUCAAGAAUUUAUUUCUCAAAUGUUAGCAUUGUUAAAAAGUUAUCUUCAUGUAGUUAUAUUAAUUGAAGAUCAUAUAAUAAAAGUUAAUUUGGAAAAUUUGUUAAAAAAGAAGAAAGUAAUAAGAGGAAGGAAUAAAGGUAAAGACGAACGGGAUAAUGAAGAUAUUAGAUUAUAUCAAGAAGAUGUGAAAAUUUCUCAAUUUAAUAUAAAUACAAAUGAUAAUAAAAACAAAAUGUUUGAUGAAACAAAUAAAUUAUAUGAUGAAGAUGAUGAACAAAUUGAAUUUAUAAAUUUAAAAAAUUUUAAAAAAUUAAUAAUUAUAGAAAUACAAAGAUUUUAUUUGCUAUUUGUUAAGUUGUUAAAAAUGUUAUUAUUAUUAAAUAGACAAAAUGGAUAUAGUAUAACAUGUUUUGAAUAUUUUUUUUUCAAAUUAAUGAAAUUAAUAGAUAAUGAUAUUAUAGAUAUAUAUACGAAAAGAUAUAUAUUUAAAUUUUUGAAAUAUUUUACAAUUAAAAAAAAAUUCACAGAUAUUGUUAUUACUAAAAUUAACUUUUUAUAUUCUAAAUUAAAAGAAAAGAAAAAAAAAGUAUGUCAUAUGUUAAUAACAAAAGAAAUUAAAAAUAAUGAUUUGCUUUAUCCAUAUCUUACCAAAUGUAUAGAAGAAAAAUGUGUCAAUGAUGAUUUAUGGAAAUAUAAUGAUGAAAUGUGUUCCUUGUCGAAAUCUGAAUUGAUUAAAAAAGAUAGAGAAAUCGAUGAAGAGGAUGUUGAAAAAAAUUUAAAAGAUGGUAUUGUGGAAAAUGUAAAUGAUAUAGAUGACAAGGUUAAGGUUAAAAGAAGAAGAAGAAGAAGACGACGAACAGUGGAUGGAAUAAUAAAUAAAACGUCCAUAGAUGAUCAUGUUGAUAAUAAUGAAAUAAAAAUUGAAUUAAGUAAUAACAAUGUAGAUAAAACAAAUAAUAAAACAUGUAAUAAUGAAAAGGAAAAUGGUAAACAUGAAUCUAUAGAAGAAAAUGAACAAGAAAUAAAUAAUCAUCUUCUAAAUGAAACUAUAAAAAAGGAUGUCGGAAUAUCCAAUUUUGAACAUUUUAAUAUGAAUAAUAAUAUAAAAGAUGAAAAAUUAUAUUAUCAAAAUGAUGAUAAUAAUGAAACGGUUACAAUAAAUACAGAUCAACAAAAGGAAAGUAAACUAAUAAGUAUAAAUAAUAACCAAAAGAUAGAUGUUCAACAAAAUGAUGUAUCUAGACGUACCAAAAAUGAGAGGAAAAAAAGUUCCAAAAUUUUAUUAAACGAUCAAAAUGAUAAUAUACAACCAAAUGAGGAAAAUCAAAACAUUCAAGAUGAUAACAAUAAUAUUAAUAAUAAUAAUAAGAGAAGGAGAAGAACUCGAAAAAGUAAAGCAAAUGAUAAAUCGGCAGAAAAUCACACAUUAAAUGAAUCACUUAAAAAAGAUGGAAAUACAAAUAAUGAUAUUUUGGAAGAAGAAGAUAAAAAAUGUACCUUGUCCAUAUACGAGAAAAAAGAUACAAACGAUAUCAUGUGGUUAGAUUCGUAUGUUAAUUUUUAUGUAUAUACAAAUAAAAAUAAAAAAAAUAAUUAUGAUAAUAACAACAAUAAUAUUUGUGAUGAUAGAUUUAAUACAGGCGAAUUAUUAAACGAGAAAACAAAUCAUUAUAUAUCAAAUAUAAGUUUGUGUUGUGAAAAUGUAAUAGAAGAAUUAAAAAAAAUUAAUUUUAAUAAAAAAUACAAUUUAGAAACAUUUAAAGAAUUAAAAUUACAAAAAAAGUUUUAUGAAAAUAUAGAAUUAUAUUUAUUAAGUAUUUUUGUAUUUGAAAAAAAUAAAAAUAUAUGUGAUAUAUAUUCAUUUAAAGAAAAUUAUAAACAUAUAAACGAUUUAAUCGAAUAUUGUAAAAUGUGUAAUAUUGAAAAGGGACUAGAAAUAAUUGUAAAAUGCUUAUUUACCUAUUUAAGAGAAAUUAAAUUAGAUAAAAAAAGUUAUGUAUAUAAUAUGAUAAAAUUAUUAACACAUUCCUUCUUAUAUAUACCUUUUCGAAGGUAUACAGCAACUCCUUUUAUAUUUAUAUCUUUCUGUUCUUUAUUUAGAAAUUCAAGUCGUACGUUUAUGAAUAAAAUUAUUAUUCAAAAUUUCCUUAUAAUAUGUUAUUCUUAUAUUAUGCUAAUAAAAAAACAGCAAGUGGAUUUAAAGCGACAAAUGUUGAUUGAUAAAAGGAAAAAAAAAAAAGAAAAAAAAAGGAGUCAAAAUAUGAAACAUGAUUUGGAAAAUGAAAAUUUAUUGGAUACAAAUAUGUGUACCAUAAUGCACUCGAAUGUAAUAGAAAAGACCAAGGAGGAAGAUAAUACAAAUAAUAAUAAUAAUAAUAAUAAUAUGAAUAAUAAUAACAAUAACAAUAACAAUAACAAUAACAAUAACAAAAACAAUAACAAUAACAAUAACAAUAACAAAAACAAUAACAAUAACAAUAACAAUAACAAUAACAAUAACAAUAACAUUAACAAUAAUGUGAUUAAUAUAAAAGUUGAAAACAUUCCUUUUAGUUGUUACGGGGGGGAAGAAAAAGUUAAUAGAGAUAAAAAAAAAAAGAAUAAUAAUAUUAAUGAAAUAACAGAAGGUCUAAUCAAAGAUGUGGGAGAAUAUAUAAACGAUGAUAAUUUGAUAGAUGAUAAGAAACUGUCGAAGGGUAAAAAAAGAACUAGUACUACAACAGAAGGUACACAAAUUGUUAGAAGAAGAAGACGAAGAAGUAAUAGUAGUACAAAAGAAAUUGAUAUAGAUAUUAAUAAUAAUAUAAAAAGUUUGAAAACUACACAAAAUGAAGAAAAUGACUUGAAUUCUACAAAUAAUAAUAUUAAAAAGGAUAAUAGUACUAAUUUGUUGAAUAAUAAUAUGGAAACUUAUAAUAUACAAAUUCAAAAUGAAAUAGAAAUAGAUAAAAAAAAUAAUAAAAAAUAUUUAGAAGAUAAUUUAUUUUUACAUUUAAUUAACUUUUAUAUAAAUUUCUCAUGUUCUGUUUAUUUUCAUUAUUUAACACACUAUGAAAAAAAUUUUGAUAUAUUGAAGAAUAUUAUAUUUUUAGGUUUAAAUAAAGUCUUGGAAAAGAAGGAGAAUAAGAAACUUUCUUGUUUUGUUUUGUCCUUAUUAUAUAUUUUAAUGUGUUUAUUAUUAAAGGUUAAAAUAAAAGAAGAGUAUAUAUUAACUUUAAAUAAACACAAAAGCUAUAGAUGUAGUAUGAAAAGGAAAGAAAGACAUGAAGAAAAUAAUGGAUUUGUAACAAAUAAUAUUUCGAAGUAUAAUAUGCGUAGUGAUAAUAUACAAACAUCAACGGUAUCAAUGAAUUGUCUUAAUAAUGAUAAUAUGGAAAUUCAUCAGAAUAUUAAUGAUAAUAAUAAUAAUAAUAAUAGUAAUAAUAAUAGUAAUAGUAAUAGUAAUAAUAAUAGUAAUAAUAAUAGUAAUAAUAAUAAUAAUAAUAAUAAUAAUAAUAAUAAUAAUAAUAAUAAUAAUAAUUAUAAUAAGUGUGCUCCUAAUUAUUAUGCUUGUAAUAAUUAUCACACAAAUAAUGAUAUAAGGAAAUUUUUUGUAAAAUACCUUAUUAAUCUUAUAGAUGAAAAAGAAUGUAAGAAUAUUUAUCUUAUUAAUGAUAAGAAAUAUUAUAAAUAUAUAAAUAAAAUCAUAGAUAUAAAAAGUGAAGAAACAUUAAAUUAUUUUAAAAGCUAUUUUCCGAACAAAAUAUAUAAAAACAAAAUGGAUAAAUAUAUAGAAAAAAUAUUUGUUUUAAAUAAAAAAAAGAAAUUAUUUUUUAUGUCAUCAUUUAAUUUAAAAAAAAAUAUAAGAAAGAUUAAUUAUUAUAAUAGUAUAUAUUCUAAUAAAUUUUUAUUCAAUCUUUUAUCGGAACCAAUAUUAUUUGAAAAAGAUAAUAAUUUAUUAAUUAAUACGGAUUUCAAAAAAAAUAUGAAUCAUGAUAAGAAUAUGAUGAGAUAUAAUUUAUUAGAUUAUAUAAUAUAUACAUGUUUUUACAUAAUUUUUUGUAAAAUAAAAUUAAUUAAAUUAAUGAAAAUUGUAUAUAAAAUUAAUAAAAAUGAUUGUGAAUAUGUACCAAUGAAUACAUAUAUAUAUAAUAGAAAAAAAUAUAGUAUAUGGCAAUUUUAUUUAAGUAUAGAAAUAUUACAUUUAAUUUUUUCAAAUAUUAAAUAUGUUCCAUUUAAUUCUAUCAAAUUAAUAUUAGAUAUAUUUUUAAAUAAAAUAUAUAUAUCUAUAUGUACAUAUGAUAUAAAAGAAAAAAAAAAUUUAAAUAAAUUACAAAAUAUAUUUUACGAUUUUUUCUGUCAAACCUUUUAUACAUAUCCAGAAACAUUUACACAUUUACCACAUUUUAUUUACCAGUACCAAAAAACGUUACAUCUCUUAAAUUUAUUAUCAAACUCAGUAGUAUGUAAGAAGAAAAAACAAACACCAUCUUAUUAUUCUUUAAUUCUUGAAAUUAUGAAAACAUGUUUCCCCAGAAUUGAUUCAGAUGAUGUAAAUGAAGAAAAUGGAAAGAAAAAAGUAGAGGAGAAACAAGGUAUUGAAAAGUCACAAAGGAUGUUGAGAAGUAACAAGGCAAAUAAAACUUAA